AUGAUACUACUUGUUUAUGUGGAUGAUAUUAUCUUAGUUGGCUCAUCUGAUUCUUUACUCUCAUCCUUCAUUACUUCUCUCAAGACUGCUUUUGCAAUGAAAGAUUUAGGUCCUCUACAUCACUUUCUAGGCAUUGAGGCUACCUUUGAUACUUCUUCUACAAAGUUACUUCUUACUCAGAAUAAGUAUUCACUGGAACUCUUAAAGAAGCAUGAUAUGAUGGGUUGUAAACCUUGUAGAACUCCAGUCUCUCAUGGCCAAAAAGAUUCUAUUUCAGAUGGUGUUCCUCUGCCUGAUGCUACUGUUUAUAAAAGAUUAGUUGGUGGUCUUCAAUAUCUAACUCUCACUAGGCCUAACAUUAGCUUUGCUUUAGCUAAAAGAAUUCUGCGCUACAUCAAAGGCUCUUUAGAACAAGGUAUUACACGCAGAUCUGGUGAUUGUAGAAAGCUGGUUUCUUAUUGUGAUAGUGAUUGGGAAGGUUUCCCUGAUACUCGCAAGUCUACUUCUAGGUACUGUGUUUUUAUUGGUGGUAAUCUAGUAUCCUGGUCUUUGAAAAAGAAGCAGACUAUUUCUCGUUCUUCUACUGAGGCAGAAUAUCGUGGACUGGCGAAUGCUGAUGCGGAAAUAUUGUGGCUAUCAUAUCUCUUUGAGGAACUAUCUGUAAGAUUAUGUCUUCCUUGUACUCUAUACUGUGACAAUAUGGGAGCUGGCAGUCUUACAACAAAUCCAAUUUUUCACGCUCGAACCAAGCAUAUUGAAGUGGAUUACCAUAUGGUCCGUAAUCUGGUGAAUUUUGGAUUCCUAAGAGUUUCAUAUAUUCGUACAUUAAGCCAGAUUGUUGACUUUUUUACUAAGGGCUUAUCAAAGGACCAGUUUCAUGAUCUUCGUUGCAAACUAAUGCCUUCUGUGAAAGCUUAG